AUGGCUCCACCAGGACCAGGAGGAAACACCUCCAGCCCGCGACCUCCCCCCACAGCGGGAAAAGGAAAGCAGGAGGACCACAUAAGCUUUGGCACCGAGGAUUCCCGCAGUCUUCACCCACUGAGAUCCCGGCUGAACGAGCUGUGCAGCGACUACAUCGCUAAGCCCAGGGAGCCCAACCCUCUGCUCCGGAUUCCCGAGCACCCAGCUCCAUUGCGCAUGCGCACAAGCACCAGCACAGACUCAGGCAAGCCGUCGGGGCGGGGAGGGCUGUUUCAUCCCGCUGGGGCGGCCAUUUUCUGGACUUCUUUGUGUUUUCUCCUGGGAAGUUCUGAGGUUUCCAUAAUUCCUGGGCUCCAGAAAGAGGAAAAGGCGGCUGUGGAGAGACGAAGACUUCAUGUGCUGAAAGCUCUGAAGAAGCUACAUAUUGAGGCCGAUGAGGCCCCAGUUGUUGCUGUGCUGGGCUCAGGCGGAGGACUGCGGGCUCACAUUGCCUGCCUUGGGGUCCUGAGUGAGAUGAAAGAACAGGGCCUGUUGGAUGCUGUCACGUACCUCGCAGGGGUCUCCGGAUCCACUUGGGCAAUAUCUUCUCUCUACACCAAUGACGGUGACAUGGAAGCUCUCGAGGCUGACCUGAGACAUCGAUUUAGCCGACAGGAGUGGGACUUGGCUAAGAGCCUACAGAAAACCGUCCAAGCAGCGAGGUCUGAGAAUUACUCUCUGACCGACUUCUGGGCCUACAUGGUUAUCUCCAAGCAAACCAGAGAACUGCCGGAGUCCCAUUUGUCCAAUAUGAAGAAGCCCGUGGAAGAAGGGACACUACCCUACCCGAUAUUUGCAGCCAUUGACAACGACCUACAACCCUCCUGGCAGGAGGCAAAAGCACAGGAGACCUGGUUCGAGUUCACCCCUCACCAUGCUGGCUUCCCUGCACUGGGGGCCUAUGUUUCCAUAACCCACUUCGGAAGCAAAUUCAAGAAGGGAAGACUGGUCAGAACUCACCCUGAGAGAGACCUGUCUUUCCUGAGAGGUUUAUGGGGAAGUGCUCUUGGUAACGCUGAAGUCAAUAGGAAUUAUAUUUUUGACCUGUUAAGGAAUCUGACUCCGAGAGGAGAUGUAUGGAGAAGGACUGUUGCAAAUGCUAAAUACGUUGGACGCCGUAUUUUUGCCCCGUUACUGAGGCUGCAACAAAGUUUGCAAAGGGAACGUCCUGCCCUGAAAGAUGAAGGCGGUGAGCCUAAUUACAACUGGCUGACUGAGAUGCUCGAGAAUUGGACCAGGACCUUCCUGGAAAAGCAGGAGCAGCCCGAUGAGGACCCUGAAAGUAAAGGCUCAGUCAGUGACUUUUUGGAUUUUGUGAGAAAAACAGGCAUUUGCGCUUCAAAGUGGGAAUGGGGAACCACUCACAACUUCCUGUACAAACACGGUGGCAUCCGGGACAAGACAAUGAGUAGCCGGAGGCACCUCCACCUGGUGGAUGCUGGUUUAGCCAUCAACACUCCCUUCCCACUUGUGCUGCCCCCGACACGGGAGGUUCACCUCAUCCUCUCCUUCGACUUCAGUGCCGGAGAUCCUUUCCAGACCAUCCGGGCUACCACUGACUAUUGCCGCCGCCACAAGAUCCCCUUUCCCCACGUAGAAGAGGCUAAGCUGGAUUUGUGGUCCAAGGCCCCCGCCAGCUGCUACAUCCUGAAAGGAGAAACCGGACCAGUGGUGAUGCAUUUUCCCCUGUUCAACACAGAUGCCUGUGGAGAUGAUAUUGAGGCCUGGAGUGACACAUACGACACAUUCAAGCUCGCUGACACCUACACUCUAGAUGUGGUGAUGCCACUCUUGGCAUUAGCCAAGAUGAACGUCAGGGAAAACAAGAAGAAGAUCCUUAGAGAGAUGAGGAACGCGGCCAUGUAGGUGGGAGACCAUAGUCACUCUGAUGCCUAUACUCAUUCUGCUCUAUUACCUGAAGCGUUAUGCCCAAAGUUGCUCCUUGGUGUAGAUGAGCCUCAGCUUCCAGGGCAGUAUGGGCCUGUUGGUCUACCAGGGCCCUGAUGUCCACCUGGCCUUCCUGUUCUUCACUCCCUUCAGCCACACACUUCAUGAGUUCACCUUGGCUAUCCUAACAGGGCCAAUCACCAGUGACCAGCUGGACUGUGAUUUUGAUAGCAUCAUUCAGAAGAAGGGGUCCAAGGAGCUGCAGGUGGUGAAAUGUGUCCUGCAGGUCCCUCGGGAGAUCCUGGAGCUGGAGCAUGAGUCUCUGACAAUCAGAAGUAUCAUGUCCAAUGUCCGGAUAGCCAAAAUGAACACGGCAGAUCAGACCAAUGCCUUUCACUGCUCCUUUAUUACUGCACUUCCAGCCAGUAGCUCUGUAGAAGUUAGCUCUGUAGAAGUAAGAGCUGGGGUUUAAAUCAUGGGCUGUCUCUCCAGCCAAGUGGAGCUCUGAGAAUACAACAGGUGCUCAAUAAAUGCUUGCUGAUUAACUAAUGGA